UCUCUCUCUCGCAUCAAAUUCCUUUCUUCCAUCGUCCUUGAUCCAAUUAGGGCAAGAGGACAAAAAGCAGUCGGAUUGAUUCGCGGCAGCUGGUCUCCUUCCUCGCCGAUCCCGCAUCCGGCGAUCUCCAUUCCUCGCGUGAGCUGAUCAUCGAUCCCCCCCCUUCUUCCUCCCCGUUUCGCGCCUCCGCCGAUCACCGGUCCCCGAUCGGCGAUUUCCUCUUCCUCCUCCUCCUCCUCCCCUCACUCCGGGAGCGCUUGCUCGGGCUUGAUCGAUCGAGAUAUGUUUCUGGUGGACUGGUUCUACGGGGUCCUGGCGUCGCUCGGCCUGUGGCAGAAGGAGGCCAAGAUCCUGUUCCUCGGCCUCGAUAAUGCCGGCAAGACCACCUUGCUCCACAUGCUGAAGGACGAGAGACUAGUUCAGCAUCAGCCCACGCAGUACCCGACUUCUGAAGAGUUGAGUAUUGGGAAAAUUAAGUUCAAGGCUUUUGAUUUGGGAGGCCAUCAGAUUGCUCGCAGAGUUUGGAAGGAUUACUAUGCCAAGGUGGAUGCUGUCGUCUACCUGGUUGAUGCUUAUGACAAGGAGAGGUUUGCAGAAUCAAAGAAGGAACUGGACGCACUCCUCUCUGAUGAGGCCCUUGCGAAUGUUCCAUUCCUUGUAUUGGGAAACAAGAUCGACAUUCCGUAUGCUGCCUCUGAAGAUGAACUGCGAUACCAUCUUGGUUUGACCAACUUCACCACCGGAAAGGGAAAGGUAAAUCUAGCAGACUCAAAUGUCCGUCCCCUAGAGGUAUUCAUGUGCAGCAUCGUUCGCAAAAUGGGCUAUGGGGAUGGUUUCAAGUGGCUUUCUCAGUACAUUAAGUAGCGUAUUGAUCCACAUGAUGCAGUACAGCGCCCCCUGAGAAAAAUCUGUUCAGCAUUCACCCUCCUGUUGUUUUAGCCCCGGGGUUGGCUUUAAACUGGAUAUAUGUUGUGAAUGUGUUUGGAAGGAGGAAUUGUUCUCUCUGUAAAAUUCACUUGUGGCAACAAGGUAGUCUCUCUGGUAUUGUAGUUUGCUGAUCAAGUUCUCCA